GUAUCUACGACGAAAUAUUACUAAUUAAUAGUUCUACCAUUCUCUGGUGCUCUGUUUCUGUUCUCCUCAAAGUUUUGUGAUUAUCCAAAUGAAUCAUCCUCUAAUCUACCUUCCCUAUAUAUAAUACUCCUUUUUACUAAUUAUAAUUAUUAUUCUUUACUAUAUAAACACAUACUCACAAAUUUCUUGUAUCCAUUCAAAUUCUUGAUAAUCUUUCUUUAGAUUUUCAUUCAUUUGCUAGUUUAUUUUUCUGGGUUCAAGAUUUUAUAAAUAAGGUUCAGCCAUGAACGCUCUUGCAGCAACUAACAGGAAUUUUCGCCAUGCUGCGCGGAUUCUUGGGUUAGACUCUAAAGUUGAGAAGAGUCUGUUGAUCCCUUUUAGGGAGAUCAAGGUGGAAUGCACAAUUCCUAAAGAUGAUGGAACUCUGGUUUCGUACGUUGGAUUUAGAGUGCAACAUGAUAAUGCUCGUGGCCCCAUGAAAGGUGGUAUCAGAUACCAUCCUGAGGUCAACCCGGAUGAAGUUAAUGCUCUUGCACAACUUAUGACAUGGAAGACUGCUGUAGCAGACAUACCAUAUGGCGGAGCAAAGGGAGGGAUUGGAUGCAGCCCAAGGGAUUUAAGUAUGAGCGAGUUAGAACGAUUAACACGCGUCUUCACUCAGAAGAUCCAUGAUCUCAUUGGUAUUCAUACUGAUGUUCCUGCUCCGGAUAUGGGUACUAAUGCACAGACAAUGGCAUGGAUAUUGGAUGAGUACUCAAAAUUUCACGGUCACUCUCCUGCUGUUGUGACAGGAAAGCCAAUAGAUCUUGGUGGAUCACUUGGUAGAGAGGCUGCCACUGGUCGUGGAGUUGUUUUUGCCACUGAAGCUCUACUUGCUGAAUACGGAAAAUCUGUUGAAGGUUUGACAUUUGUUAUUCAGGGCUUUGGAAAUGUGGGAUCCUGGGCAGCAAAACUCAUUCAUGAGAGAGGUGGGAAGGUUAUAGCAGUGAGCGAUAUUACUGGUGCAGUCAAGAAUCCAAAGGGAAUUGAUAUAGAAGAAUUGAUUAAGCAUAAAGAUUCCACCGGCAGCUUGAUAAAUUUUGAUGGUGGAGACCCUAUGGAUCCCAAUGAAUUGCUGGUACAUGAGUGUGAUGUCCUCAUUCCAUGUGCUUUAGGUGGAGUUCUAAACAGGGAAAAUGCUUCCUAUGUGAAGGCGAAGUUUAUAGUAGAGGCAGCAAAUCAUCCUACCGAUCCAGAAGCAGAUGAAAUUUUAUCCAAGAAAGGAGUCGUGAUACUUCCCGACAUAUAUGCUAAUGCUGGAGGUGUGACUGUCAGCUACUUUGAGUGGGUUCAGAAUAUUCAAGGUUUCAUGUGGGAAGAAGCACAAGUGAAUAAGGAGCUUCAAAGGUAUAUGACUCGAGCCUUUCAUAACAUCAAGAACAUGUGCAAGACACACGAUUGCAAUCUUCGAAUGGGCGCCUUUACCCUUGGAGUGAACCGGGUUGCGCGUGCUGCACUCUUAAGGGGAUGGGAAGCAUAAAUCCGCUUUGUUUCAGUCUUUAAUUCUCAGGCAUUCCUUCUGAAGUAGAAAACUUGGAGGAGUUAUUGCCAUCUUUUGUCAUUUUACAAAUAUUUUUAUCUCAUUUUUUCAGAAUACCCCAAAAUCAUAUUUUGAUUCAAGUGAAUUCUUAUUGGGGCGAUGUACUCUAUUAUUUAAACAGAAAAUGAAAAAGAGAUUGUUGUCAA